AGCCAGUGUAGCUGGCCUCGGCAGCUCGGCAGAUCAGCGCGAUCGCCACGUUGCCUGGCAACCGUUUAACAUUACAUUGGACUGAUUGGACGCGAAUCGCCGUGCGAGUUCGUGACAGCUCUAGGCAUGACAUUAUUAGAAGAAAGAAAACAUCUAUCGCGAUGACGGACGAGGUGCGACUCGAGGUGAUAAAGAAAACGCAGGAUUUACUCGGGAAAUAUUUCAAGAAGCCGCCACUAACCGAAAAACUGCUCCGCAAGCCGCCGUUUCGCUUCCUCCACGAUAUCAUAACAGCUACCAUUAAAGAGACCGGUUUCUUAGAAGGAUUAUUCAGCGAGGAAGAGCUGAAUUCUGACAAUAUAAAGGACAAGGAAGCAAAGCUCGCUUUCUUGACGAAGCUCAUUGAUGUCGUCAAAUUAAUUUCGGGUGCUAAUUUAACGGUCAGAGCAAGUAAAAUUGUCUCCGGUCAAGAGCCGACGAAGACAAAUGAGUUGCUGCAAGCCAUUGGAAAAGCCCUUGAUAAGAAGGUCAGUAGCAGAGAGGCGAUUGAGCACUACAAAAAGAGCUUGGAAAAGAAAACAAAAGCUGGCUCAAAGUCAAGAUCCACGAUUAAGGAGGAACCUUCAAAGAAUCCUGCAUCGAGGCAGGCUUCGCAAACGAGAAAAUCUUCAGAGAAAGACAAGAUCUCGGCGGAACGAAAGAAAAGGUCGUCUAGCACAGGGAAAGUAGCGUCGGGCGAAGCAAAGCGCGAUAAGGAUGGCAGAACCGAAGAGAGCAAAGCGAGAAAAGGGAAUGAUAGAAAGAAGGAGGAAAGUUCGAAGAAUAUCGAAGCCAUAGACAUCCCGCCAGCUGAGCCGGUACAAAAUAAAAUUCCCACCUCGGCGCAAAGAAGGAGGCCUUCUUCGUCCGCCAAGGUGAAGCAGGAUGCCACAAUUUCAGAUGCGAAUGGCCUGACGAAGGAAGAACAAGCGCAACGUAGGAAUUCCUCCAGUAGAGCAAGACGCACAGCAGAAGUAAAUGGGUCACAGGAGAAAAUAGGUAAUACGACUUUACAGACAUCUUCUAACAAUGAAGAGCAAAAUAAAUCGGUAACGAGCGGUUACACUAAAGAGACUAAGGAAAAUGAAAUGGAAGAAGACAACUCGCGGCAACAAAGCGUUGAAAAAAGCGAUCAACCAACGUCAGAGCUUGCGGGAUCUCAAGUCGAAACUACUGAAAUGACCGUUUUGCAACAAUCAGAUGCGAGACCCAAAACAUCCCUGAGACCACCUAGUGCCAGACCCAUCAGUGCUAGGCCAGCUGCUCCCAGAAUGAGAGCAAAGACGGAGAUGAUAGUCAACGAGGAGAUACAAACACCAGUGGGGAAUAUUAGUGUCAUUGUAGAGGAUUCCGACUUGAAGGAUGACGACGACGACGACGACGCGGAAGAUAUGGUGGUGAUGGAAGCGAAGGGAAGUGGCGGUGACCUCUUAGAGAACGGCGAUUACAAGAUAGACAAUCAGUUGAUGCAGGAACACGGGCAUCUCGUGGCGCAAAUAUUAGAGACUCAGCGGGAAUUGGUCAACACAGACAAUGUCGAUGUAUUGCCGAAGAAAGUCGACAUCGCGUGGGAAUCGGGUUCGAAACGCGACCGAGAAACAGCGGCUAAAGAAAUCGAUAAAUUACGCGGAACUAUACAGACAUUAACGCGCACGACAAAUCCUCUGGGGAAAUUAUUGGAUUACGUGCAGGAAGACGUAGAGAUGAUGCAAAAAGAACUAUUGGACUGGAGAAAUCAGUAUCGCCAAUUGAGCGAACAAUUGGAAGGAGAACAAAAGGAGACUCAAGAGAUGAUAGAACCCAUGAAGGAGACAUUGAAAGAAAUUGAUAACAACAUGAAGAUUGAGUUAGAUAAGAUAUGUCAGGUAAAAGCGCAAAUGAUGAAAAAUGAUCAAAAAAUACGACGAUUACUUAAUGGUAAUUUAUAAUGUAAUUAUAUUGUUUAUAUUGUAAAUAAUUUUAUAAGCCAUUGAAAUAUAUAAUUGGUUGUUCCACCAUAAAUUACGUAGCUUAGAAGAAAAUUUAUAAACAAUUUUAUAUAC